AUGGCAUUAUUUCAAGAAACAAAGAGACCAACUAUCACUGAGGAUUUUGUUAGAUCUUGUUGGCUUGGAGAUCAGAUGGCAUAUAUGGCUGUGGACUCAGAUGGUGCAGCUGGUGGACUACUCUGCAUCUGGAAUCCACAAGUGUUUCAACUACUGGACUGCUGUAGCAAUAGAAAUUUAAUCAUUUUAUCAAGUACUCUCUAUACAAGUCUAGCCUGUGUUAUUGUAAAUGUAUAUGAUCCAACUGAUGGUGCCAGUAGGAAAGGGGUAUGGGAAACUUUGAAGAAUUUAAAGAAAAGUUUUGUCAACCCUUGGUGUUUGGGGGGUGAUUUCAAUGAGGUAAGGAAAUUAUCUGAGAGGGUGGGUUGUUGUCAAAGGAGUAGAGGUAUGAAUGAUUUUAAUGAACUAAUUGAUAAUAUGGAAGUGUGUGACAUACCAAUGUUGGGGAGAAAGUUCACUUGGUAUAACUCUCAGGAAGGUGUCAAAUGGAGUAGGUUAGAUAGGUUCUUACUCAGUCCAGAUUGGUUACAGAAAUUUAACUUUAAACUAUGGGGCUUACCAAGAAAGCUUUCAGGUCAUUGUCCUAUUUUACUAAUGGAAGAUAAGAGUGAUUGGGGCCUAAAGCCAUUUAGGUUUCUAAAUGCCUGGACCCUCAAUCCGAAUUUUAAAACUUUUGUGCAUAAAAUGUGGGCUGAAUCUCAUAUAGAUGGCUGGGCUAGAUUCAAAUAUUUAAGGAAACUGAAAGCACUUAAAGUAGCAUUGAAAAGAUGGAACCUUGAAGUUUUUGGUAAGGUGGAAUUUAAACUUAAGCAACUAGAGGAGGAAUUACAUGACUUGGAUUUGGCAGCUGAACAAAAGUUAUUCAUUGAUACAGAGAAAAGUAGGCGAAGGGAGGUACAGGAGAAACAUGGAAAUUGA